UUUAACAUUUUUUUUGGCGGACGUUGCCCGUCUUUGUCCGUGCGUCUUUAGUGUAUUUUGCGUGUUUUCGCAUUUAUUUUGUGAGAGAUGAGAAUAUAUUAAAUUGAAAAGGAAUUUCUAAAGAGUAAAAUGGCAAAAGAAGGAGACAUGUCUCUGUUCAAUGAUGUUUUAGAACCUUUCAGGAGGGUUAUAAAUACCGAUCCUCCUAAGGACAAGUUGUCGGCGUCUACAAGAUUAAACUUUUCUGAUAGUAAUCAAUCCUUGAAAGAAGGUCUAUCGAACAUGUUGUCGUUUGGCAAAAGAAAGUCCAGCAUUGGAGCUGUAGAUGGAGCGACUCCAGAAAAACGGUUGCGCAGUGAAUCUACGUCUAAUUCGGUGUCUACUGCUCCUUCUCCUUGGGAAGCAAAACGGAUGAAGAUAGAUUUGAUAGCUGCUAAAGCACAGAUUACAAAACUAGAAGCUAGGGUGGCACAUCAGCACACCAUACGUAAGGAAAUGCAAAUCUUAUUUGAAGAAGAGAAAGCUUCUUUAGAGGAACAACACAAGCGGGAUGAGCGAGCACUUUCAGACAUGGAAGACAGACUACAGGUUAUACGUAGGCGGGAACAGGAACUUAAAGAUGAACUGGUUCAGGUGCAGAAAGAUUACCAGGAAAGCAAAGAAAAUUGGGACAAAGAGAAGGCAGAGUUGCAAAAGCAAAUAGCUGACUUGAAAGACCAGUUGUUAGAGGCAGAAGUUCAAAGUAAAGGACAGGCAUCUGAAAUGAAGAAAGAUAUGAAUGAAUUGCAACAGGCAAUAGAAAGUUACCAGUCAGAAGUGGAAAUCCUAAAGAAGGAGGUAGCCAAGCAGACGACCAGAGCUGAACAGUGCACAUCACUACGGACACAACUUGAAAAGCAGACCUUUGAACUGCAGCAGGUCACGAGCAAGCUGAAGGAGUUGGAGUAUGAAAGAGAUUCUUAUAAAGACUGGCAGCAACAGGCAAAGACAGCCCAAAAGCGGUUGUCCAAUAUGGCUGAACUAGAAAAGGAAGUGAUCAGACUACGUGCCAACGAGAGAGGUUUGCGUGAUGCAGUGUGCAACAAGUUGCUGCUGGAGGAACAGGUCCAUGUGCUCACCAACAGGGUGGAGGCUUUGCAGCCUGUGCAACAAGAACUGCAUAAGGCCAAGGUGAAAAUAGCAGCCUUAGAGGCGUCCUUAGAAGAAUGGAAGUCUGCCGCGCGGGGACACGGAGUGGAGAACGCGAGAGCGCUGUCAGCUGCUCUCGACACCGCUCUCACUGGACAGCUCAGCUCUACCGAGGACGGCUGUCAGGCGCAGUCCCAGCUCGUGAGAACCAAUGAGGAAUUAGCUACGAUGAAGUUCGAGCGAGACAGGGCCACAUCGAAGCUAGAAGAUCUGAUGACUGUGAAGAAGAACCAGGAGACACAUAUACACAGGUUGCAGAAGAGGCUACUGCUUGUUACCAGGGAAAGAGAUAGUUAUAGACAACAGCUAGACUGCUACGAGAAAGAGUUGACGGUGACGAUGUCCGGGGAAGCCGGAACCGAUAGAGCUGCGUUGUUGUCGGCGCGAGUGGCGCAGCUGGAGAAGUCGCUGCAGUCCUACCGCGACCUGAUGGCCUCGCACGACGCGCAGGGUCAUGCCAAGACGGUGGAGAGUCUUCGCUCGGAGGUGACGAAAUGGCGCGAAGAAGCGGAGUCGCUGCGCUGUGACGUCAGCAAGCUGCGCGCGCAGCGGGACUCCUUGCAAACGCAUUUUGAGAAGAUCGCUUCACACACACAAACCAAGGUGCUCCAUUUGACGGACAACCCUGCUGCGGCUGCACAAAAACAGUUCCAAUUAGACUUAGAAAAUGCACAAGAAGAGAUCAAAAGGCUGAAGGGGCUGCUGCGGUCGGGUGGGUCGCAGGCCGACGAGGACAUACAGCAAGUGAAGCAACAAUUAGAGAACAGUAGGAUCAAGCUCAAGAGAAUGAAAGAAGAGUUCACAUCAUCAGCACAAGAAUACAGAAACGUAGUAUACAUGCUAUUAGGUUAUAAAAUUGAUAGGACUGGCCACAAAAACUAUAGAAUAUCGAACAUGUACGCAGAAUCGUCAGAGGAGUACCUGUCGUUCACUCUCUGCGACGACGACAUCGAGAUGGUGCACACGGAGUACUCCGGCAGCCUCGGCGACCUGGUGCAGCUGCAUCUGCUGCAGCAGCGCUCUAUCCCCGUGUUCCUCAGCGCACUCACCAUGGAGCUCUUCAACAGGACCACUAUGCAGCAAGAGGUGCAGUAAUCGCUCUAUACGAGUUAUAUAAAGUAGGUUGUUCUUAUAUGCUAAUUUAAAUGGCAAGUUCUGUCCGCGGAGUGAGGGCGUUUUGGAUUUUUCCCCACCUGAUUGCGCUAGUGUGACUAGUUCUCAGUUACAUUCGAGGUUGUGAUACCGCUAAGCCCGGUAUCAGCUAAAAAAUAAAUCAUUUUUUUAAAGAUUCCGCUGUGAUUUUACAAAUUCGUCUAUGUGAUGUCAACCCUCUAUAGGAAUGCUUUGGUUGCCUAUGAAUUGCCAAGGCUGUGUCCCUUAGCCGCCUCAUACGACACUCACAAGAGGAUAAGCAGAACGGAACCACGCAUUGCGCUAGUGUGGUCCAAACAACUGUCAGAGCCACCCUGUCAUUUGAAUUUGACACCUCGCCGUAUGUGUCAACGACUAUAUUAUACAAUGAACGCACUAGACCGCUGAUAGUACUGAAAAACCGUGAUGCGUUGGUGCACGAAUUUUGACAGGCAGUGAACGUUUUGCCAGGCCCAUAACUAGUGAUGUAGUAAUGUAAACUUAGUGUAAAUCAAUUGUACUCUGAAUUUUCUAUUUAAUAAGCUAAAUGAUAAAUAACAUAAUUUGAACAAAUUUGUAUUUUUGUUUUAUGAAUUUAAUUUUUCUCAAAAUUUUGUUUCCAUGUAGCAAACAUUAUUGAAGUAAGUUUUGUUUUGACUUCUGGAAUGUGAAAUGUUUUAAUUAUUUCAGUGCGUAAAUUAAUCGUGUAACAUCUGCCUUGUUUACUAAAACAUCUAUAGUUUAUGGAAUAGGUCAAAAAAGUGCUCACAUCAAGUUGUAUGGAAUGAAUAGGAUAGGAGGGCACCUGGUGCGCGCGAUGUUAAGUCUCUUUAAAGGUCAAAGUCAAAGGCAAAAUAUUUUUUAAAAGUUGACUUAUAUCAAUUUGAAUAAUAUUGCGCACGAAGGAUUAUGCAAAAUAUUUUCAAUUCUAAGGUAGGAACUUGCUGAACGAAAAUUUAAAAAAUAUCCAGUCUAAAUAUAAAUUAAGAUAUCUAAGAUUGUUGCUAUAUGUAGCCAAUAUUUGAUCUUUAUAAGCAAAUUCUUAGUGGUACUACGUAAUUAUGCUUAUUAUGUACGAAAUUAGUUUAAUUUAUUUUACGUUAGAUCAUUUUGUUUCACAUAUGAACAAAUUUUGUGAUGCAUUACUAUUUAAUUGGAUCAGUCAAAAAUAAUUAUUCUGUCAAAUACAUAUAUGUGAAUGUGUAAAAAUUGUUUUGAAAAUUAAAUAUUUAUAGCUACAUAAUAAGAUGAAGAACGAAUAAAAUAGUAUAAAUAAAAGUGAAUUCGUUUUAUACUUUUCCUAAUAGAUAUAAAAUAAGGAGAGAUGUUUUUAAAACAUUCCAAAAAUAUAAAAAUGUUUCGUCAAUGCCUACAGUAAUGACCAGUAUUUUUUAUGUAAACAUGAAAACUAUAAAUAAGUAAGUAAUUCGAUAAUAGGGACAGACAUUUUUCCAUUUAAUUAUUUGUAUGUGAAUUUUGUAUCAUGAAUUCAAUGAUCCGCUGACUAAAAUUGUAAAAAGAAUAAAAUGCUAAAGUCUGC